AGAAAUCGUCACUCGAGCAAGGCGUGGAGCAAUGCUCGAUGGAAAAACACACGGUAUCGAGCAGCGUUGCCACCCCUUCAAAAUAAAAUUUAAAAAUAGUCGCGCCACCUAGCGGAAAAUUGCGAUUAGAUUUGAUUCUAUUGGUCACACUACAUACAAAGGUAAACAAAGCAUGGUCCGAAUCAAAAACAGGUACAUUGCAGUGCAGAUUGUACCAUAUACACCAACAAACACACUGCGAAUAAAUGAUCACACACUAAGCAAAUGCCUGCUCCAAAAUGUGGAGAAGUACCAUGGAGUUUAUGGUCUCGGCUUGAUCGAGAAUGGAUUCCGGGUGAAAUAUUGCAAUGAUCGCACUAAAACAGCCAUCAUACGGUGUCUCCAUCGUGGUCAGAAAUUUAUUUCAAGCGUACUGCCCUUGAUUACACUGAUUGGAGAUGUGAGAGCGAAAUUCAGAACCCUCUACAUUGGAGCCACGAUAAUUCAAUGCAACAAGUUUAUUAUCAAACACCAGAAACAGUUCCUGGAUAAGGCCAUGGGCCAGAUGGCAUCCGCUAAAGAACGACAGGAUCUCUUCAAGCGCGUCAUGGAAUUCGACAUGGACAGAUAACAAAUGGAUUUAAAGUCAUUCGGUGUAUAAUUAAGUAAUUAUAGUACAUGAUUUUCUUAAAGAAAA